GGCAGGAAAAGGAAAUGAAAUGUCUAUUGGAAUGGACUAGAGAUAUUGUAAAUCACUUUUGGUAUUCUGCAGAUGUAUCAAAGUCUAUUCAAGAAUUCAUGGGCGUGUGGUGUGGAAUGAUACACCAUGUUGUUAAUGAGCAUGAAUGGUCUAUGUCGUACACUGACGAUGGAACAUAUUCCUGUAAACAUGGUCCGUUAUGUGAAGAGAGGGAAAAGGGUUGGUUGAAAGCUGGUUCACCAGCUCAUGAUGCUGCCAUUGGAAUUGUGAUGGACAAAAGAUUCAUUAAGAAAAUUCCUUACUACUUAAACUGCAGGAGCACAGCUGAAUUGGAAAAUUUCCAAAACUUGAUCCUUAAAUAUGCUUCCAAGCGCCAUUCUUUUAAUCCAGUUUCAUACAGAGCUCGCAAUCUGUUAGCAGCCCUGGAUAAUAAUGUUCAUUGCCAAAGGCAAAUGAUGGUCAACAAAGAUGGGAGCACUAGGUAAACUAUUAUUUUUUUAUGCCCCA